ACAAUUGCUUCCGGGCGUUUCCAGGGAGCCAAGGGACCCGACGGGAGCCCCGGGCCGCGUAUGGCGAGCCCCUGAGGUCUCGCGGACGCAAGAGAGGCCAGCGCUCCAGCUGUAGCAUGGACCGCUCUGGGCGCCUGGGCGCGGGCCUGCGGGGACUCUGCGUGGCUGCGCUCGUGCUCGUGUGCGCCGGACACGGGGGACGCCGCGAAGACGGGGGACCAGCUUGCUAUGGGGGAUUCGACCUCUACUUCAUCCUGGACAAGUCAGGAAGCGUGCUGCACCAUUGGAAUGAAAUCUACUACUUCGUGGAGCAGCUGGCUCACAGAUUCAUCAGCCCGCAGCUAAGGAUGUCCUUCAUCGUCUUCUCCACUCGAGGGACGACCUUAAUGAAGCUAACUGAGGACAGGGAGCAGAUCCGACAAGGCCUAGAAGAACUCCAGAAAGUUCUGCCAGGAGGAGACACUUACAUGCAUGAAGGAUUUGAAAGGGCCAGUGAGCAGAUUUACUAUGAAAACAGUCAAGGAUACAGGACAGCGAGUGUCAUCAUCGCACUGACGGAUGGAGAACUGCAUGAAGAUCUCUUCUUCUACUCAGAGAGGGAGGCUAACAGAUCCCGAGACCUUGGUGCCAUCGUUUACUGUGUUGGUGUGAAGGAUUUCAAUGAAACUCAGCUGGCUCGGAUUGCAGACAGUAAGGACCAUGUGUUUCCUGUGAACGACGGCUUCCAGGCUCUUCAGGGCAUCAUCCACUCAAUUUUAAAGAAAUCCUGCAUCGAAAUUCUAGCAGCUGAACCGUCUACCAUAUGCGCAGGAGAGUCCUUUCAAGUGGUUGUAAGAGGAAAUGGCUUCCGACAUGCCCGCAAUGUGGACAGGGUCCUCUGCAGCUUCAAGAUCAAUGACUCGGUCACACUCAAUGAGAAGCCCUUUGCUGUGGAAGACACUUACUUGCUGUGCCCAGCACCCAUCUUAAAAGAAGUUGGCAUGAAAGCGGCCCUGCAGGUCAGCAUGAAUGACGGCCUGUCCUUCAUCUCCAGUUCCGUCAUCAUCACCACCACACACUGCUCCGAUGGCUCCAUCCUGGCAAUCGCCCUGCUGAUCCUGUUCCUGCUGCUAGCCCUGGCCCUGCUCUGGUGGUUCUGGCCCCUCUGCUGCACAGUGAUCAUCAAGGAGGUCCCUCCACCCCCUGUUGAGGAGAGUGAGGAGGAAGACGAUGACGGUCUGCCAAAGAAGAAAUGGCCCACGGUAGAUGCCUCUUACUACGGUGGACGAGGCGUUGGAGGCAUUAAAAGGAUGGAGGUUCGUUGGGGAGAAAAGGGCUCCACAGAAGAAGGUGCUAAGUUGGAAAAGGCCAAGAAUGCGAGAGUCAAGAUGCCAGAGCAAGAGUAUGAGUUCCCGGAGCCCCGAAAUCUCAACAACAACAUGCGCCGGCCUUCUUCUCCCCGGAAGUGGUACUCGCCCAUCAAGGGAAAACUCGAUGCCUUGUGGGUUCUGCUAAGGAAGGGCUAUGACCGAGUGUCCGUGAUGAGGCCACAGCCUGGAGACACAGUAAGAUGCGCUAACGGAUUUCAGGUGAAGCAUGGAGAGCUCUCCUCUGUACUCCUGAAGGAAGAACCCUUGGAGAUGCACAACCUGGUGUUGCUGCCCCUGCAGACCUUCCCUGCCCACUUUUCUAGCCUUCACCCAGCCUGA